GGAGUCCGGGACGGACUGAGUGAGAAAGCUCCAGGGUCACAGCAUGGCGGCUCCCACCACGACCACUGCCGGACUGAGCCCUCACUGAGACCGCGAGCACCGACUGCAAGAGAUUUAAACAAGUUGGAAGAACUGAUGCAUCUGCCAUCUCAUGGAAGAAAAGAUCCAAGUUCGAGCCUCUCAAGGUUCCAAGCUUCCAAAAUUUGGUGCAUCAAAACCAGUAGGAAGCUUAUUGCAACGGCCAUCAAGCCGUACGCCUGCUGGUUUACUAGGGAAAACUAACUUCACUAGGGUUGAACAGCACAAUGACCAUGAUCGACCAUCUACAUUGUCUUUGAACUGGUCAAAGUCCAAGUGCCAACAAAAUGGCCAGAUAUCUAAAGAUACAUCUUCUGAUGAAAAGGUACACGAUAAACAUUUUUCUCACCCAUAUAUGGCAGGUGACAAAGAUGCAUCUAGACUAGCAGGAACAGCAAAAACUGCUGGAAAGCAAAACAAUGUGUUGAUGUCACGUAAAGAGGAUUUAAAUGAAAACUUAGUGUCUGGACUGCCCAAUGCUGCUAAAUUUACAAAAAGUACAAUUUUUGGACGGACUUCCUGUUCAACUCUUAAUGGUUGUAAAACACAGGUCAAUGGAUACUACUCCAGUAAGCCUCCAGUGGGUUUACAGAGGCCAAGGGCUAAUUCUGCCACAGUUAGAAACUUUUCAGACAAAUCCACAGACAACACAAAAUCUCUUUCCCGUGUGACAAGAUCUCAAAGCUUUUCCCAUUCUACUCAAAACCCAUUGUUCUCCUCUGGACCCCUUACUCGAUCAUAUUCUUUUACCAGAGAUGUGGAACUCACAAGACCUUACACUACUCAGCAUGCACCCUCCAGACCUGCUCCAAAGUUGAAUAUGCUGUCCAGGACUUCAAGGCAGUAUGAGCUGGCCAAUGGUAAUGAAUCCCAUAUAAAAUCUAGCUUUACAAGAACAUUCCCUGCAAGGCCUUCUUCUGGACUAAAGGCUCCUGGUUUAUCAGAUGGAUCUGCAGCUCCCCUCUCUCUCUGUUAUAAAAUGAGCCGUCCAUCUUUACUGAAACCCAGCAGAACACAAUUCCAAAGGGAGAUAGUCCUCAAUGGUACAAGGUGUUCUCCUGAUUCUUUAGUUACGAAAAAAACUGAACACCUGAUUACCAAAACAGGUGAAGAACCAAGUGUGCAGCAGCAGGUGGACAAGAAAGAACUGGACAUUGAUAGUUACAUUCUUUAUGACAAGUUGGACAAAAAAGAAAGCAUAGACGCAUGUUAUAGUGAAGAUGUUGAUGAGCUUUCCAUCUCCUCUUUAUCAUCUUCCGACAAGAGCGAAGAUUUCAGUGAUGACUUUGUUGACCUGGAAGAUGGAAAUAAAACGGUUACUGCUGUGGAAUCUGGGAACAAAAUACUUGACACAUCACCUGCUGAAUAUUCCUUAAACUCCCUUCAACAUGACAACAAAUAUAUUCUUACUAAUACAGACGAUUGGCUAGCACAUAGUGAAACCGAAAGCUCCAAAAGUCCGUAUGGCAAGACCCGGUUAUCUCCAGAUAUGGAUUAUAGAGAUCACUCUUCUCUGGAGCUUUCUCCGUCUGACAGCUCUGAUGGAACAUACAUGUGGGACGAAGAGGGAAUGGAACCCAUCGGAAGCGUUCAUCCCUGUGGAAGCUAUGAAUCUUCAGAAAUGAAUAGCCUGGAUAUUCUUAAUAACCUAGACUCCUGUGACUUGGAAGAUGAUGACCUCAUGCUAGACGUUGAUCUACCAGAAGACCCACCAUGCGAUAAUGGGAAAGGUGUUGAAAAUAUGAGCCAUUUGGAAAGAACUGAACAGAACCUGCGUCAGCAGCAACAAGCCUUCUGGAAAAGGGUCCCACCGCGUCUCAACGGCCAGGAGCAAUAUCAUCUGAUCAAUGCCGACCACUAUCACAAUGGCAGGGGGUCUACUUACCUGGAGUCUCCAACCGAACCAGAAAGCUAUGCAAGUCCCAGCUUUUAUCAACCAUCUCCACGCUCUUCGCAGAUGAUGGGCUUACGGGAAAAUACGGUGAUGCUCGAUGAAAUGACCCUUCGUCACAUGGUUCAAGACUGCACAUCUGUGAAAACCCAGCUACUCAAGCUGAAACGGUUACUGCAACAGGAAGAUGACCUUGGAUCUCCGCAAGACUUGCAGCGAUCGGUCCGAUCCACCCCAGAACCACAGGAGCCUGAAAUUCUUUUGAAGACUGAAGACCUGCUGAAUGAGAUCAGACAGCUGAAAGAAGAUGCUCUGAAAAAAGACGAAACAAUCAAACACUUAGAGCAUCAGCUGAAAACCAGAUGUAAGUGCCAGAAGGGAAGUCAAGACUCCAAAGCCGAAAAAGCCAAGAAGUGUGACAAAUACACUCAGACCACAUGGAGGAGGACUUCACCUCCAAUACUACAGUGUUCCAGCAACAUCCUCCAUUCCUCAGACCACCAUUCGGAAAAAUUAAUAAUACCGGAACAUACAGAGGACCCAAGUGAGCAUGAAGAAAAAAUGCAGUUCUCACCUCCAUGCAACAAGAAUGGCAUUGAUGGAAAUAUAUUUAACGUCUCUGAAAAUGAGCUGAGUGCUCUGCUGAGUACGCAAUUGAAGAUAAAAGAUGUGGAAGAUAAUCCCAAAGAGGUUACAAGAGAAGAUGAAACUUCUGCAAGUCUGACCAAGGCUGCUAAUAGCAAAGACUUGGGUCAUCAACAACUUAAUUCUGUUUUUUCAGCACAUCUCCCAGUUGAUACAAUAAAAGAUCCACCGUCCAAGUUAAAGGUUAAAAAGUCAUCAGCUGGGCAAGUUCCUAGGCCAAAGACAUUGCAGCUCUUCAAAUCCAAAUCACCAAAUAGCUUGGUACAUCAAGAAGUGGCCAGUUCUUCAGCUUCUCCGAGUAGUUACCUGCCUUGUAAAGACUCUCAAAAACCAACUUUGACUACCAGUCAUUGUUUGGUACAAUCAGAAAAUGGUUCCCAAUCUGUGGUACAAAAAAGCCAACAGCUAACACCAAUUGAUUGCACUGCAGUUCGUCCACCCGUACAUGUACCACGUGACACUGUCUCAGGAUCACUCGCAACAUUAUUAGACAAUACAGAUUCAGUCAAAACCGUUCUAAAUAAACCAGACACAAUACCGCCAAAGCAAUGUCCACCAUCACAAGUAGGUAACUCAAAAUUAGCUCCUGCUGGAUCAUCUCUAUUCAACCAUCAGGCUCCAGCUGUGGAACCCUCAAAGCCGGCAGUCAAACAAACCCUCAAAGCUUCCAUGCUACGACCACCUGGUAAUUUUGUCUCUAAACUCAAGAAACCUGUUAGUCCUAAACUUGAUGCUGUACCCCCGCAGGCAGUAUCACAUGAACAUCCCAAACCCACAUUAAAAACUUCUUCAAUCAUUCCCAGGCCACUUUCCUCUAAAAAAGAAGAAUCCAUUGAGAGUUCAUCCCCAAAGAAGCAAUCACGUCUUCCUCAACCAAAUGCAUUAAGAAAGCAAUAACACAUAAUGUGAUAUGCAUUAAAGGAUUUAACGAAAGCUUGUCUCUUGUUCUGACACUUGCGUAAUUUUAAGUACUUUAAUGCAAAUUCAUGAGUUAUUGUUCCAUAGUCGUUCAGGAAGUUCAGUUUUUGCUUUUAAGUUGGAUAUAUCUUUAUUAAGAGUCCUGGCCUAGCCUUGGGGGAAAAAAAGAGAGUAAAGCACUGUAGAAAACCAUUUUAAUGCCUUUUUUUUUUUUUGCCUUUUUUUCCCAUCACAAUCAAAGAGAAGUGUGUGUCAUUGCAUUUUCAGUUAUUUUGCAAGUCAUAAUUUAAUGGUGAUCUCAAUUCAAUUGGUUGGUGAAAUAAUGAUUUACUAAUAUAACUCUCACUUGUUAUGAAUGUCAAAUAAUCUUAAUAUGUUAAUAAUCUGUUCCUGUCAGAUAUUUAUUACAGCGUUCCAUGCACUGCCUAGCUUUUUGUUUUAAGCUAUAAUGAGAAUAUACCAAUCUUCUCUAUAUCAUCUAUUUAUAAGUAAUGUAUAUUUUAUUGCAAUUUAUAAAUAUUUUUCGUAAGAGCUAUGCAAGUAUAUAUAUGACCUAUUUAUCAAAGUAUUUGAGGACAUUCAGUGUAUUUAUUUAAAUUCAUUUAAAAUAAUGCAUUAACAUAUUAGUGUUUUCAGCUAGGCCGAUUCGGUGCAGUACCAUUUUUU